GUUGAAAAAAAGGAGCCGCCGCGUUUCUAAUCCAAACGGGAAAUUAAAUUCACAAAGAGGUCAAAGUUCAUAUGACCAAGGGUUGUCAUUUCCGGUUAGGGUGAAGCUGUGCUGAGUUGUACAAAAUAUAAUUUUCCUGCGUUUUUUCUCCCCAAAAAUGACGUAUAUAACAUCGUGGGAAGAGUUUGCCAAGGCGGCAGAACGGUUGUACCAGGCUGACCCCGUGAAGUGCCGGUUUGUGGUCAAGUAUCGACAUAGUGACGGGAAGCUGGUCCUAAAAGUCACAGACGACCAAGUGUGCCUCCAGUACAGGACUGAACAUGCCCAGGAUGUCAAGAAGCUGGAGAAGUUGAACAGUCUCAUGAUGCGGUUGAUGGCAACCAAGCAGGCCUAGGAACAGACUAACUCACCACCAUGGACAUAAACAGGGACACAAUCUACCAACAGAACAAGACUCGAUCAAUGUGGAAGUGUGAUGAUAAGAUUCAAAGGGGCCGUGCAACCAGGACGCGUGACUUCAUACUAUAGUGUAAUCAUGACACAUUUUCAGUACGCAUUUUAAACUGACGUAGCAUCUAUGAAACUUGAUAUUUUUUGUAGGACUUCAGAAUCUCAAAUAAGAUGUGAAAAGUAAUGUAAGAGAAAGAAAUAUUUCAUCCUCUAGGUUCCGAGGACUGCUAGUAGGCACAGUUGCACAGCCAAUGUUGUAUGAUGUAACAUGUCGUGAUAUGACAUGAAAGGUCUUCCGUCGGGUGGCUGCAGCCUUGAACACCCUGACAGGGGGCCCCAAGGGAGACCAGAGAAGACAUGCUGUAUACAUGUCUUCCUCUGCUGCAUUAUCUGUUCCCUGUAGUGGCUCAGACAUCGGUGGCCAGGCCUUGAACACCCGCACAGGGGGCCGUGUACUGAGCCUUGAGGGAGGGGCGUGUUGGCAGAAGUGGUGCCUUGAUGCUGCUAGACUUGGGUGGCUGAACAAGCCUUGAACACCCGCACGUUGGGGGCCCAAGAAAGGACACUACAGAUAUCACAGGAAGAAGCUGUAGUUGUUGUUAUUAUGAGACCGGGAUGUGUCAUUCCAUAGCACAUUAAAAACGACAUCCUGUCCUUUGAAUUUAGCUUUUAAUUCAAGAUA